AUGACAGAAGUCUCUGAAGUUGAGAAAAGCGUACUUCCUCUAACGUCUGCUAGCCCAGACCCAGAGGAAGCGACUGACGAGAAAAAGCUACAAAAUAAAUGGACAGAAACAGUCAGCACACAAAAUGCAGAUCUAAUUUUUAUUCUUUGCUCCUUGACGACUGGUCUCUGCGAUGGGGUUAUCUACGCCUCAUUUGGCUGCUUCAUUAGCAUGCAGACCGGAAACACGAUUUUCCUAGGGCUGGGAACGUCUGGAAUCCCAGAAAGCAAACCAUACGGUUGGCUGAAGUCCCUUACAUCAAUUUCCGGCUUCAUAAUUGGUUCGUUCGUCUUUGCGACCAUCUCGCGAGCCGCUGGCAAUCGCCGGAGGGCGACCUUAACAAUAUCGUUCGCUGUUCAGUCACUCUUUGUCCUGGCCGCCGCUGCUCUCUUCCAAGGGGAUGCCAUCCCACACUCUUUGAAUAAUCCACCUACAAGCGGCCCUCUUUUCCUAGAGCUCAUUCCACUGGUCAUUCUCGCAUUUCAAUUCGGUGGCCAGAUAACUGCCAGCCGUGGCAUGGGUUUCAAUGAAUUGCCAACCGUCGUUUUGACAUCAGUUUAUUUCGACAUCGCCUCGGAUCCAGCACUCACAUCUGGCUCUGUCGUGGCGAUAGUCGUUGGUGCUAUUAUCGGCGGUUGGCUGUGUCAUAGCGAGGCUGAAAUGCAGAGUGCUUUGUGGAUUUCCGGCUUUAUCAAGGCUUGUAUGGCUGUAGCUUGGGCCUUUUGGCCGGCCGUUGGCGAACACUGA